UUUCACCUCGCAAUAGCGUGUAGAGUUAUUUAACUCUGUGCGAUAAAACAAUGAACCUCGUCGAGUUCGAAGACGUGCUUCAGGGCGAACUGGGACGAUACGUCAAGAUCGUUGGAUGUGUGGUGGGAUUUGACGAACUCCAAUUCAUGGCCAUCGUCGAAGAUUCCCGGCGAAACAGACUUCCAGUGCGCCUGCCGGCCAUAGAAACGAGCGUUAACAUUAAUAGGUUCCAGAUGUUCAUGUUCAACGGCAUCACAGCACGGAGAUAUGAAAAUGAGGACGAGCGCUGCCUACAAGUGCUGAACUUUAUGCACGUCGACCACGGGCUCGAUAUGAAGGAAUUUGACAACGUACAAAGGCUCAGGAGAGAGGUGCUGGCGGAGUGUGUUGCCGUGAACUCCAAGGUCGCAAACAAAGUGUUCGCCGAUCUUUGUGAUAAAGUCGACUUCAUGGUUGAGGACUGGGACGAGUGCGUAGAAGUGGUCGUCAAGCACACCGACAGAGACGAGCCGCUUCCUGUGAACGAGGACCACGUUUCAUUGGAGGAGUUUGUCUACGAAAAGUGUGACGAGCCUCGUCUGAAGUGCCUGAGGCCCCUGCCCUUCAAGUACGAGGAUCUGGUGAAACAAGUGUUCAAGGCUGUCGGAGAAUACCGGUACACCUCACUGUCAUUCAAGAGGCUCCUUGAAAGGCUCACGCCCUGAUGCGGAAGCGUGUGUCGGUUCGAACGUGCUUGCCUCUUGAGCUAUUGAAAUUGCGAGAGCGAUAACCACAGUGAGUCGGUGAUUUCACCUUGAUGCCUAUAACUAAGUUUGUGCUACCAUGUCUUUCAGGUUUCUUUCCUGUUCUCUGUUUACAAAUAGUGUACAAGUUGGAAACACAACCCCGAUGAAAAUUUCUGUUUCCAGCUAGAUUAUGAAUCGGAAGUCUUUCUAGCUUGAAAGACUUACGAUUCGAUAAUUCAGUUUGAAAUGGAUGGAUAUCCAGCUGGAACUUCGUCAGUUCCUGGCUGGAAUUCGGCCACAUUCCAGCUGGAAUCGACUUCGAGCUGAAUUAUAGUGCUAUAUAGCUGAAUUAUCGAACUGGAAAUCUUUCCAGCUGGAAAAGUUCAAUAAUCCAGCUGGAAACGGAACUUUUUUCAUCUGGGAAGUUGUUGGGUUUAUGUGUGAUAACUUAAUAUGGAUGUACAGACUAGAAGUGGUAUUUAACUGCCGUCUUUCUUGCAUAUGUCGUCGGGGACAAAUUUGAAAUGUGAACUUGUAGCUAUAAAGUCGAAGACUUAUCGUUAAUCACUCUGGACACUAUGUUAUUCACUCAUUUGCUGAAAUUGGUGUGUUACAAUUGUGCUUGUUGAAGCAAUAACAAGGCUAGUUUGACAUGAUGUGUCACAAGAAUUGGAACGAUAGGGAUCUGUUUCAAACAGUCUUGUGUAAUCUUUUUGUAAUAUGUUGUUAUUUCCACACUUAGUUAUCUUUUACAUUAUACACUUCACCCAUAAGUGCUGUUCAGCGAUAGCCAUCGGCAAAUAAUGGAAACUGUACAAGCAUUCAAUGCUUCUACAUAAUAGCCAUUGAAAAAAGCAAUAUUUUUUACUCCGUAUUUCUCGUUUGUGUCUCGUAAUGUAAAUAUUCAUGGGACCACGUUUUACAUUUUUUUUAUAAUGCACAUAUGUCAGUGGAUGCCUCUUCUGAUGUAUGUUCUUAUCUUUGUUUUCUCUGUGUUAUCCAAAACACUGAAUGUGUUUUCUGACUGCUGUGGGCUUGAAUUAUAUGUGUGUAUGACUUAAUGAUAUGACACCUGAAUAAUCAACAUCUAAUUAUGUUUAUAAUUAAUUUUUCACUUUUUCCCAUUGUGUGUAUGGUACUAUAGUGCCAGCUUAUUUUUGUAUAUGCUUAUUUAUUGAAAUUAUCAGUGUCAAUUGUGAAACUACCUACAGAAUGUUGUAUUAUACAUGUGUACGUAUGUAACAAGCUGAAACUGUUUUGUAUUUAUUGAAAAUAAAGUAUGAACGUGUUUUUUGUUACUGGUACAUAUUCAUCAUUUUAUUACUGAAUGCUCUGUGGGUGUACACUUUGUUUAAUUAGCUGGACGAUAAUUGUAUUGUAUUACCGAGCACAAAUUUUGCGACUUUACAAGUUUUCCCAUGGGCUUGUUAAUUAAAUGAAUGCGCAUGACAGAAAAAUAAAAACAUAUAUAAG